UCAGGAUUUACAAAUACAAACGUCAAGAGGCGAUAAGAAAAAGCAAACAGUGCAGUUGAAUAGAAAUUGUAGUUAAACCGCAAAAAUGGACAUAAGACAUCUUUUAUCGUACUCCUUGGUGUUAUUUGGAGUAUGCUUGUUCAUUGUAGGCACUAAUUCACAAACUGAAGAUGUCCCUUUGUCAAAACUUAGUCAAAACGUCGGCGCCCCAACCUUAAAAAUUUUAUAUUGUUAUUCCUGUGGAUAUAAGAAAAUGUUUGAACAGUAUGCCUCAAUACUUAAUCAGAAAUAUCCUUAUAUACUGGUUGAUGGGGCAAACUAUGAUCCCCCAGGGAUGAACAUGUUCAUUGCAAGGGCUAUAGGAUUCCUGAAAACCAUUGCAAUUCUUUGCAUUCUCUUAGGUGUGAAUAUAUUUGAGUAUAUAAACCAACCAAGGCCUUCCUGGUGGAUAUGGUGUACAGAAAACAAAAUAUAUGCUUGUAUGAUGCUUUUCUUUCUCAGCAAUGUUAUAGAAGGUCAGUUAGUUCAAUCAGGAGCCUUUGAAAUGACAUUGAAUGAUGUUCCAGUAUGGUCAAAAUUAGAGACUGGUAGGAUACCCCAACCUGCAGAGUUAUUUCAGAUCAUAGAUAGUCAUAUGCAGUUUGAUACUAAAAUAGAAUUAGAUGGGUAUACUAAAUAAUGGUGUACAGCCAGUGUAUAGCAAGAUAUUUGAAUUUCUGUUAGGCAUCUUUUGGGGAUAGUCAAAAUUCAAUAUUUUGCUAGAUUCAGAGUAUUGAAGAUUGAUCAAUUAGAAAUUAAACACAGAUAUGGCCAACAUGUGAUUGUGAAUAAUUACUCUUUUGGUUUCUAGGAUUUUGGGGUAUAUUGCAAUUAUUAUUGUAUGAAAUAUAUGUCUGAUAAUUUAAAAAUCAAACAUUUCACUUUCAUUCAACACCUGCAUUAGAUUAUAAAUCCUUCCUAGGACUUAUUUUUCUUUUUUUUAUUCAAAAUAUAAUUUACAGGGAAGCAGUGUAGUCUCCUAUGGGUCAACCUGUUUUGAACCAUUUUUAAUAUUCGCAGUAUUCAAUAUAGAAUAUAUUUUAAAGCAAAUUAAUAAAAACUCAUAUGUCUUCUCAUUUUCAUUGUGAAUGUUAAUCAUGUUAAUUACCUUUCACAUAUGAUAUUAUAUUAUAUUUGUAUUAUUUUGGGUACUAGUAAUCCAAAUUAUAGCAAUCUAAAUCGGUUAUGGUUGAUAAAUAUUUGGAGGUGGAGCGAAAGUUUGACUUCUUAAAGACUCAUACUUUUUCAAAAAACCUUCAUUUUGAUUCAAGUAGAAAAAAUGUCUAUUACAAAAACAGUUUUUGAGUAAGCACUUGACGGAAAAAUGCUCACAUUACACUUGUUUCACUUGAACAUGUAAGUUCAAGAAUAUCCACCUUUAUAUGCCAUUUCAAUCAUCUGAAGGCUAUCAUCACAAUCGGAGCAAAAAGUAAAUGUUAAUAUUUGAUGUGAUGACAAUAUUAUCUCAGUUUGAAUUUGUGCUAUUUUUCUACUCUUGAGUGUAUCUCUCCAUUUAUCACGUAUUGAUUUCUUUUUAUUUGAAAAUGUAAAUAUUCCACUACAUAUUUAAUUGUAUUUUUUAAUAUAACAGUUGUACCAUGUGAUAAAUAAACGACUCAACUUUUUA